ACAAAAGAAACACUGAAUCUCUGAGUAAUUCCAGUGAGGGCUGGUUUAUUUAACCUUGGUAAUGGACUCCAUGCUUUAUCUGUAUAUAAAAGGACAGGUUUGACAGGGCACACAGCAGCCAGAUAAGUCUUUAUUAUUCCCUGACUCGUCUACUGUAAACUGCCCACAAAAUGGCAUGUUUUUUCAGUUUAAUUUUCCAUGUAAUGUUGGUUUGCAUGGCUCUCCCAAGUUUUUCAGCUGAUGAAGCCAGACAUUUCAACUCCACAUCUAUCAGAGAAUUGAUUAUCUCAUCAUAUCAAGAAAGCCUUCAAAUUGUAGAUGAAGCCUUAUUCCACUCUAGACAACGACGGAGCACGCCCUCCUCGUCCACGCACAUGUUUACAUUCCUUCGGCAAACCGAGCCUGAGACCCUGGAGACUUCCCGAGCUGCAGAGGUUUUUCAAACAACUCUGCAAGUCCUAAAGAACAGAGCGAGACAGAGAUAUAAAAGGGAUGUCCUGGCACCAGAGUUUCUGUCAUGGGAGGAUGUGGAGCUGAUUGCAGAGCUGUCCCUUUGUCCACCUACAACACAUCCAAACAUCUGUCAUCUUAACUCAAAUUACCGUUCCAUAUCUGGAAUCUGCAAUAACAGGCAUAAUCCUCUCUGGGGAGCAGCCAACACUGCCUUGGUCAGAUGGCUUCCAGCUGAAUACGAAGACGGAGAGAGAGAACCCAAGGGUUGGAACCGAGGACGGCUGCAUAAUGGAUUCCAACUUCCCCCGCCAAGGGAAAUCAGCAAGAAAAUAGUGAAGAGCUCCUCUAAAAGAAAAGAUGACAUCUAUUCUCACCUGCUGGUAGAGUGGGGGCAGUACAUUGACCAUGACAUAACCUUUACCCCUCAAAGCACCGGCAGUGCUGCUUUUUGGACUGGGAUGGACUGUUUGAACAUGUGUGAAAAUGUGCAUCCAUGCUUUCCCAUUCAGACACGUGAAGAGCUCUCUGGUGCACAAGGCUGCAUGCCAUUCUUUCGCUCCACACCAGUCUGCUUUGUCAAUUUUGGUUCAGAUAUUGGACAAGCUCUGCAGCGACAACAGAUGAAUGCCAUCACAUCGUUCAUUGAUGCUUCGGUUGUGUAUGGCCACACUCCAAAGCUGGAGAGCUUCCUCCGUGACCUCUCUGGCCUUAAUGGGAAACUUACUGUCAACAACCAAUUCAAGGAUCCAAAAGGAAGACCUUACCUUCCUUUCGUAGCCACUCUGCCGUCAACCUGUCACCAAGAUCCGCAGGGGGGGAGAGUGGAUUGUUUCAGUGCUGGAGACAGUCGGGUCAACGAGGGUAUACCCCUUACCGCUUUGCAUACAUUGUGGCUUAGGGAACACAAUCGAAUUGCAGAGGUACUGAAACGCAUUAAUGGUCACUGGAGCCCAGAGAUGAUAUACCAAGAAACCCGCAAGAUUAUUGGAGCCCUGCACCAGAUCAUAACCAUGAGAGAUUAUGUUCCAAAAAUUAUUGGCCCGGAGUCUUUUGAACAUUACAUUGGACCCUAUGGGGGAUAUGAUCCAACUAUGGACCCCUCAGCCUCCAAUGUGUUUGCCACGGCUGCAUUCAGGUUCGGCCACGCUACCAUCUCACCAAUCUUCAGGAGACUGAACGAGAGCUACCAGGAACAUGAGCACUUCCCCCACUUGAGACUACAUGACACAUUCUUCAGUCCAUGGAGAAUGGUCAAAGAAGGUGGAAUUGAACCAAUCCUGAGAGGUAUAAUUGGAACUGCAGCAGCAGCCGUUAGUGCAAACACGCUGAUGGAAGAGGAGAUAACGGAGAGGCUGGUCGUCCCUAAUAUACUACAGCACAUGGACCUGGCUUCAGUAAACCUGCAGAGAGGACGAGAUCACGCUCUCCCAGGAUACAAUGAUUGGAGAGCGUUCUGUGGACUGAAGUACAUUAAGACAUUGGAUGAUCUCACAGAGGUUGUGAGAGACUACAAGGUUGCUGAGAAGAUACAAAAAACAUACAAAAAUCUUGACAAUAUCGAUGUAUGGGUUGGAGGACUUGUUGAAAACUUUUUGCCAGGGUCAAGAACUGGUCCCCUCUUCACUUGCCUGAUCGGAAAGCAGAUGAAAGCGCUUCGUGAUGGUGAUAGGUUUUGGUGGGAGGCUGAGGGUAUAUUCACCCAGCAUCAGAAGGCUGAGCUUUCAAAAGGUUCUCUGUCUCGGAUGAUCUGCGACAACACCGACAUAAGGGAAGUCCCCUAUGAUCCUUUCAGAUUUGGGAAAUACCCCUCUGAUUAUGUCUCAUGCAAUCAUAUACCAUCAAUGAAUCUGGAAGCUUGGAGAGAAGAGAGGAGUGGAGACUUAGAGCAGUGUGGCUCUCCAACAAAGAUAAAGAAUGGGGAUUUCAUAUUGUCCUCUACAUCUGGCAAACUGGUUGCUCUGUACUCCUGUUACCAUGGUUUCAAAUUAAAGGGUGCUGCUUCAAUAGUUUGUGAGCGAAAUCGGUGGAGUGAUCAACCCCCACAAUGUACAGGGAAUCAUCAUUAAGUCGUUGACAACGCAGUGGAUCCAGAAAUGCUUCAUAGUUUUAUAUUCAAACCUGGGAACAUUGAUUUCCUUGCUCUAUGUAUACUAAAGGAUUUUGUUGAUUAAGAAUGUGUUUUUGGAAACAUGGAAUAAGACAUGUUUUAAAAUUGAAGAAUUGUAAUGAUUCCUGGCAAUAUCCUGUAACUUGUUUGAAAUUUGGUAGACUUUUAAUCUCUGUCAUUAAGUAUAGUAAGUUUAAUUUUAUUCACCAUAAAAAUAUACACACUAACCUGUGA